GUUGUAUGUGCCCACACAUACACCAACCUCUUAAAACUCUUCUCCAGCUAAGCAGUAAAUUCUGUGGUGUCUUGAAAGCAGGGACAGAUCAUGACGGCUGCCUCGGGAGAGCAGGCUCUGGCUGGAGAGAGAAAGCUCAGGAUGCCCAGCUACCUCCUAAAGCUGACCAGGGUGGUGCUGAGUCACAAGACCUGUGCCCUGUUUAUCCUCAUCUUUGUUCUAGUAUCCCUUGCCUACCACAAGCUGUACUGGGGCAUCGGGGAGGACCCAAAGAGCAGCAGCCCCACCUCCCGCUUGUCUGCUGAUAGGAGCUGUGCUCACUAUGUGCCUUCUGCCCUCAACAUGGCUGGUGGGCCCUCUCCUUCCGCAGGAAAUGUGUUUUUUGUGGAGACCUCGGAGCAAACUGCCCCAAGUUACCUGUUCUCGUGCUCCGUGGAGUCAGCAGCCAGGACACACCCUGCAUCAAGAGUCGUGGUGCUCAUGAAAGGCUUGGCCAAAGGGAACGGCUCCUUGCCCAAGCACUGGGCCUUCUCCUUGCUCAGCUGCUUUCCCAACGUGGAAAUCCUGCCCCUGGACUUGACAGAGCUCUUUUCUGGAACACCUCUGGCACAGUGGUUCCUGCAGCCUCAACGGCAACAGGAGCCUCACUUUUUAGUUGUACUCUCUGAUGCCUGCAGAAUUGUCCUCAUGUGGAAAUUUGGUGGCAUCUACCUGGAUACAGACUUCAUUGUGCUUAAGAACUUACAGAACCUCACAAACGCCCUCGGCAUUCAGGGUGACAGUGUACUGAAUGGAGCCUUUCUGUCCUUUGAGGCCAAGCACAAGUUCAUGGAGCUUUGCAUGCAGGACUUUGUGCAGAAUUACAAUGGCUGGGUCUGGGGGCACCAAGGCCCAGAGCUCCUAACUCGUGUCUUCAAGAAGUGGUGCUCCCUUGGGACUAUCACGAGCAUGAGCUGCAAAGGUGUGAAUGCUCUUGCCCAAGAAGUUGUUUAUCCUAUUCCCUGGCAGGACUGGAAGAAGUUGUUUGAGGCAAUCAGUGCCUUGGAGCUCCAGAAACUCCUUAAGAACACCUAUGCAGUGCACAUAUGGAACAAACUGAGCCACGGGACCAAGUUAGAGAUCCCGUCCCAGGCUCUGCUGGCUCAGCUCUAUUCCCAGUUCUGCCCUGCCACCUACGCAAAGAUGAAGCAGGACUCUGAAGAGUUGUCAAGGCGUGCAGUGUGACCUGGGGGCCCUUGGCUGCAGGGACAUUCCCCAGUCUGGAGGAAACCGAGUGCCUUUGACCUUCCCCAGAGUUGCUUUCUACACCCCAGAGCAGCUGUGCGACUGCUCUGUGCUUCUGUACCUGACAUUGCUGAUAUCUGCCUCUGAUCCCCUGUGUUUCAAAUUUACAGCAGAACCUGACUGCAGCCUCUCUUGCAGUCCUAUACGAGACCUGUUGCUGCAUGGAAGGUUGAAGUCCUUCAGCAGCAUCUCUCAGCUAGUCCAUUCUUGGUGUUGUCCAAUGGCUCCUCGUGUGAAUCCCAGCCUGAGCAGCCCCUUGUGAUGUUUCAAAAGCUAUAGGAACCCCUUGCUCUCUGUUCAUUUGAAAUUUUUACAGAAUAUUCUGUGUUUGAAUGGACCCACAGCCAUCUUGUGUCUAACCCCUGGCCACUCCAAUAAUCGGGCCCUGCGUAUGAAAGCGUCAUCCUCGGUGCCAUGUCCAUCCCUGGGGAGCCUGUUCAGUGCCCCAGCACCCUCUGGGGGAAGAACCUUCCCCUGAUACCCACCCUGCCUCUCCCCUGACCCAGCUCCAGCCAUUCCCCAGGUCCUGUCCCUGGUCACACAGAGCAGAGAUCAGGGCCUGCCCCACCCCUUCCCCUCAUGAGGAAGCUGCGGAACUGCUGUGAGCUCUGACCUCAGUCUGCUCUUCUCAGGCUGAACAGACCAAGUGCCCUCAGCUGCUCCUCGUGUGGCUUUCUCUUCAGGCCCUUCACCAUCUUCAAAACCCUACUUUACACACUCUCAAGCAGCUUUAGAGCUUUCUUAUAUUAUGGCACCCAAAAUCACAAACAGUAUUCAAGGUGAGGCUGCCCCAGCCCAGAGCAGAGCGGGACAAUCCCCUCCCUGGCCUGGCCUGGCCUGGUCAGCAAUGCUGGGCCCGGUGCCCCAGGACAGGGCUGUCCCUCCUGGCUGCCAGGGCACUGCUGGCUCAUGUCCAACUGG